GCUUGCCUGGCCCCAAACCUGAGGCCCUGCCUGCUCAGGGGAUCACCAUCCUGGAGGCAGGCCCAGGGCUUGAACUCAGGGAGCCUGGGCUGCAGGCAACAAAAUGAUCAAGGGCUUGGAAGGCGAGGCAUAGGAGGAUCGGCCAAAGGAGCUGGGCACGGUCAGCUUGCGGAAAAGGCCCGUGGCUCCAUGGCUCCCUCCGUGGCAGAGAGACCCAAGUCUCCGGCAGUCCCGGUGGCAUGCGGCCAGCUGCAAUGGGGGCUAGGCUCCGUCGCCCCCGCCCUGCUCGCGAUUCUGCUGCUCCUUCUCUGCUUGCCCUUUAAGAGGAAAAAUCGCCAUUUUUCCACGCAGUCUGUCAAGAUGAGGAUUGAGUCCUCCACGCUCAUCAGCAUGAAGAAGCUGCCGUCCAACAGGAACCUUGGAGGGAAGCCGCGGCAAGCUGCAGCACUGGCACCGGCAGGAGGCUCCCAGCCCGGGGACCCAGGACCACGCGCCAAGAUGCAGACCAACGGCUUCGCUGCCAGUGCCCACCGUCAGCCAGGAGAUUGCAGGCCCCUGGUUGCGAGCCCUCGAGCGGAGAGGGAAUGUGACAUAGUGGCUCUUACUGGCCAGAGACCUGGACCCGAAGCAGCAGGGAGGCCAAACCCAGCAGCCGCAGAGUCUCCGCAGUGCCAGGAGCUCCCCUGGGCUCCCAGGGAUGUGCCAGGAGCCCUCGCGGAUGCCCGCCAGGAUGCAGAUGGCCCGAUCUAUGAGAGCAUCACCGAGAAGGACGUUUGCUCCUGGCUGGGGGCGCUGCACGGAGCAGGAGAGGCGGCAGGGGCUCACCCAGGUCCAGCGGCUGCUAUGGGUCUCUCCUCUCAGGCCAGCAAGGGGGCUGAGGGGCCAGCAGCAAGGGCAUCGCAAUGCAACAGCACGCUAGAGCAGGCCUUCUUGCCCCCCCAGCCCGGCUACAGCCUCAAGAGGCCACCUCUGCAGGUGCAGGAGCUCGUUGGCGAAGAGAGCCCUGCCAGCGAGCCCUUGCACGUCACAGGCAAGGAGCUGCAAGCCAUGUACGCGCGUGUGUGCAAGAAGCCCCGGGAGCGCUGCCUUGUGCUGACGGCUGCCCCUGCUACUGCCCCGGAGCCAGAGGAUGAGCCCCCGCCUCUCCCAGAGAAGCGCUUCGACCUCCUCUGAGCGGCCGCCAGCCCAGCUCCGUCCGAGGUGCAGACAGCAAAGUGCCACGGUCACGGCCCAGCUGGGCCCACAAGCAGCACCCCCGUCCCAGGGGGCUCCAGCUGCAGGGGAAGGGUCCCGCCAGAGCAGCGCUCCCCAGCCCUGCGUGACCGUCGAAGCUGAGCGUCCUGACCUUCCUGGAGGGAAGCCGUGAAGCCUCGCCUGGCACCAGCACCCCUCCCAGCUCCAGUCCCGACCCCCGGAGCGAUACCUGGGGGCACAGGGACAUUAUUAGCUCCUGCCCAGCAUGGGCAGCUCCAUCAGAGCCUCUGCGGCAGCCGGAGAAGGAGCUGAUAGCAAACGCCUUGGACCGCGGAGCACCACCUGACGGCGGGGUGGGGAGGAGGUGGAUUAGGGAUUACAGGGAGUUUAGGGGAGCGAUGGACGGCUGCCAGCAGCCUCCUGAGACCAGCUAGGACGCGGCCCGUGCCCUCUCAGAGCUGCUGUGCCGCAGCGGGGGCCAGACGGGGUUGUCCCCCUGCCCCGACGAGGCCAGAGAGGUGCCGGCGCCGAGCACUGGCUGCAGCAGAUCGAAAGCAACUGAGAUACACGUGAGGCAGGCGAGUGAAUGAGUGGGGGGAGAGGGACCCUCCCCAGCCAGGAGCAUCGGGGUCAGAUGUGAGGAGCAGGCCUUAGGAGCCCUAGACAGAUGAUGGUGCUCAUCAUCGUUCGCCCUGAUGAGGGUUCACCGGUCCCGAGGGCAGCGUUGGAAACAGCAGGGCAGAGCGGUGUUUUGGGGGGUCUCUCUGUCUCUGGCGCUGGCUGUGAGCAGUCCUGCUGUGAUCUGGACCUUACUAUCUCCCGCUGCAGUCGUGAGAGCCUCGUGCCGCUCGAGCUCAGGCUCAGCCUGGGUCUUCUCGCCCCUACCCUGACUUCAGUGUGGCUCGUUUAGCUGGCUUUGCAUGCCCAGAGCAUCCGAGUGGGUGCUGUCUCCUCUCCUACCACGCAGCCAGGGUGAGGGUGGGUAGAAGCCACGCUGGCCUUCAGAAAAGCCCGUCGCAGAGAAGCAGCUGGGGAGUUUUGCCCCGUUUUAACUGUCCUGAAAGCAAUCCCCAGAGCAGCGCCCGCGUUCACGUUGUAAGAAAGGAGCAGCAGCCGCGGCGUCCUGACUCCCAGCCAGGAGGAGGACGGGCAAAUCGUGUUGGGCCUGGGAGCUGAAAGCCUGCAAGAAGUUCCCCUCCGUCAGCUCAGCUGCCGACAGGAGCAGGGUGAGAUGCCGCUGUUGCUGUGAAAUCUGAAUGCAUCUGCUUUGUAUUAGAAGUGCUUCUGGAGGGAUAAUAAAAGACUGCAACAAAAGUCA